UUCAGUUCUAUUUGAGAUUCCGCAUGAUGAAAAUGCGUCAUAUGAAUAAACGCGGAAAUGUGGAACGUCGAACCGGAUAAAUGGAGAAUGUCAUCAUUAUCUUGAGUUCUCUUGUCGGAUAUAUAUAUGUACAUGUAUAUGUAUAUGUAUAUAUCAACGCAGGAGUUUUGUUAAGAAUAUUAUCAACAAUUUAAAGAGAUUUUGGCAAAUUUGAAGUUUUUACACGAACAAAUAUACAAUUUUGGAGUUUUCGUCUUCCUUUUCUUCUUGUCAAGACUAUAUCGUCACUGUGUGAAAAAGAGGAGCGGCCCAGGAUUGAGUAAUACUUGACUACCUUGAUUCUAACCUUCUUCGGCGAUAACAUGAAGUCGGGCAAUACGGAUAAGCAUAGAGGCACGAUACUCCUAAAACCGGAGGAAAAUGAACAAAUCUUCCAGCUGAUAGGGAAUCGAUGCCAAUGUUUAGCAGCUGGUGUUAUACAAUUAUAUUUAACUGAUGCUCCUUUACAUAAAGAUUGGAUUAAAAAAAAUACAGGUAUUAUUACCCUGAUAAGAGAUAAUCCAAGACGUAGUUUCUUUUUGCGAUUAUAUUGCUUGCAAAAGAAGAUAAUGUUAUGGGAACAUGAAAUUUAUAAUUCAAUGGAUUAUAAAGCGCCAAUGUCAUAUUUUCAUACAUUUGAAGCAGAGGAUUGCAUGGCUGCAUUUAAUUUUGCAAGUGAAACCGAAGCUAUUACAUUAAGAAAUAUACUUCUUGGAAAGUUAAAUGCUAAACGUCAGAGAAGGCAAGAGAGGAAAGCAAAAGAAAUGCAAGGUAGUAGUACUUUGCCUUGGAAGAAUCAAAGUAGCAUAUCACCCUUUACUGUCACAUCAGGUUCAUCGGGUAAUUUGUCGAAUGGUGUGCCUGCUGCCACAGUUGGUGUUAAUAGAAGCGCUUCUAGCAGUUCAAUGUACAAAACUAAAAAGAAAAAAAGUGAACUAGAUCUUAAGCGCAAGUUAACUAAGGAUGAUAUCAGUCUCCCUUCUAACUUCAGACAUGUGGCACACUUAGGUUGGGAUGUAAAUAGUAAAGGUCUGGAAUUAGAUUCUGUAGAUUCAGAAUUACAACAAUUUUUUAAUAACGCUGGUGUUUCGGAAUAUGAACUCCAAGAUAAAGGCACUCGGAAGUUUAUUUAUGAUUUUAUUGAAAGGAAUGGAGGUAUGAGCGCAGUGCAAGAAGAUAUUCGACCAUUAGCCAAUACAAAAAAUAGUAAUCAGCCUCCUGUUCUGCCGCAGAGGCAGGAAUAUCCUCCACCUGUUCCAGCACGAACAAUACCUCAUCAAACACGCACUGCUCCACCUUUACCUCCAAAUCGUUUUAAUACAUCUGCAUUACCAAGUGUGGCAUCCAGCCUACCUCCGAGUGCAUCUUUAAAUACUUCGCCGAAUGUUGUGUCAAGUUCACACAGAACUUUACCAUCAAGACCACCUCCACCAACUAUAACAUCGGCACCAGCUCUUCCUCCACCUCCGCCUCCACCUCCAUUACCAGCUCUUUCGAAGAUUAGUAUGAAUAUUCCCACACCACCGCCUCCACCACCUUUACCAGACUUAAGUAGUACCAACAACACAACAAUGAAUACAAACGUUACUAAUAACAAUAAUGAGGAAUUGAUCACUGAUCUUAGACCAAUGCUCAUGGAAUCUAUUAGAAGCGGUACAACUUUAAAGAAAGUUGAUAAGGCAGAAAUAAAACCAGCAUUAGUUGAAGAUUCAAGGGGAGAGUUACUACGACAGAUACGUGAGGGAAUUGAAUUGAAACCUGUUCGAAACGAAGCAAAACCGAAUAUAGUACCUGCACCUCGUGGUGGCUUGGCCGACGCAUUAUCUAGAGCUUUGGCCGAACGAUCUCGUGCAAUUCAUAGUGAAAGCGAAGAAACUACUAGUGAUACCUCCGAUGACGACGAAUGGGAUGAUUAAUUUGGAUAAAUUAAUUAAAAGACUAUUGCAACAUACUACUGUGAUAAAUGCAUUAUUGAUAAAAACAUUAACAAAAUUAUGUAAAUAUUGUAAUGUAAAUGAUUCAUUUUUUUUUUUUAUAUCCAAAGAAGAGUAUAUAUAAAUGAGAUAUAAUUAGACAGAAAUUUAAAAAACAGUCGUCUAGACAAAAUUAAAAAUAAAGCCAUGUACACCUAUCAAAGGAUAGGGCAGGUAAAGGCAGAUUACAGCCAUUCUAAUAUUUUACAAGAAAAAAGUUAUAAUAUGUUUGGUAUCAGUGUUAAAACAUGGUGUUUACUAUCAGGAAAAAUAGGAAAAAAACUGGAAUUUUCAUAAAUCAGGAUUGUUAGCGGAAAUUUAUGGAAAACUGAGAAAACCUGGAAAAGUAAUGGAAUUUUAAAAUGUGUUUGGAAAUCCUUGAAAACUUGGAAGUCAUGGAAAAUAUUUAUUUACUUAGUGGUUUUGUCGACUUGAAAUCAAUAAUAAAAUUUUAAAUUUAUUGCUUAUAAUUUAUUGUCAUGUAAAACAAAAAUACAAGCACAAUACAAGAACAAGUAACGAAGACACCUACUAUCAGUAGAAUUAGUACAUCAUAAAAGAUAAUGUCAGCACAACAGAAAUAUUAUGAUGUCUUAAAACCUGGCAUAGAAUUUCUUUUCUGAUUUGCUAACAAGUAGCGAAUCUUAUUGAUGCUUAGGAAAAUUUUUGGAAUAUUACUUUUUAAUUUUUAUUUUAUAUCUUUCUGAUAAAAUUAUUUUUUUUAUAAUUUUUUUUUAAUAAUGCAAAAUAUUGACAAUCGAUUUGCAAUAAAUAUUUAUAUGCAUUUUAACUAAAAAUGCAAUAUUAAUCUUUUAGUACAUACUAAUAUACUUUAUUCAAUUUAUACAUGAAUUUCAUCUAAACUGUGUAUAAUAUACAUGUAUAACUCGUAGUGAUAAUUCUUUAUUCUAAAUUAGCAUUACGUUUUAUCAUUUGUUCAAUCCUGUACUUUCGGUAAACUUACAAAUAAAUCAUUAUGUAUCAUUUA